CCCUCACCUCCCUUACCCGUAAAGUAAAGCCACUCGUCUCCAUACUCCCAUCAAUCGAGGUAGCUUCCUAGCAUACACAGAUACGUACACGUACAUGGGCAAGAAGCCCGGCGGCGCCGGGUGGCUGGCCACCGUCCGGAAGGUCUUCAAGGCCUCCAAGGACCAGCGCCACGCCAAGAAGCGGAGGGGAGGCGAAGCGGAGGACGCUGCGGCCGGCGGCGGCGAGGUGGCGGAGAUCGUCUCCGUGGAUCACUUCCCGACGGCCGAGACGUCGCCGGAGGUCACCAAUGACGGCAGCGGCGGCGGCGCCGUGGCUUGGAGGGAGAGGGGGGAGCACGAGGAGGUAGCGGCCGCCAGGAGGAGGGCCUGCCGCGGCAUGGCAGCAGUGACGGCGGCGUCGAGGGUGGCGAGGACCGCCGCCGCGCGCGGGAGGGCGGGCAGCAGGGAGGAGCGAGCCGCCGUGCGCAUCCAGGCAUUCUACCGGGGGUACUUGGCGAGGCGAGCCCGUCGCGCGCUGCGCGGGCUGGUGCGGCUCCAAGCGCUGGUGCGCGGCCACCAGGUGCGGCGCCAGGUCCACCUCACCAUGCGCUGCAUGCAGGCGCUCGUCAGCGCGCAGGCCCGCGUCCGCGCCCGCCACCUCACCUCCCACCCCCACGCCGCCAGGCGCGCCACAGCCCGGCUCGACGCCCAGCGCCGUCCUGGCUUUCUCGUCGACCUCGUCCCCACCAGGCAGCAGCACCGAGGCAGGCUCUCCUUCGGGCACGACCGCGCCGGCUUGGCAGAGAUCGACCACGAGGCGCCGGCGGUGCAGGCGCAUCAGGCUCCUCAACGCCACAGCAGCGCGAGCCGUUCCCUGCAGGGAGCGUGGGACGCCGUUCAGCACGCUGAUGGCUUGCCGCGCCGGCACGACGCGGUGGCCGCUUCCUGCGGCCAGAGUGCCCCUACCUACGCAUACGGAUUACAGCAUCAGCGGCAGCUCGAUGAAUCGGAAGACAGGGAUGAGCGCAGCGGCGGCUGGCACUGGCUGGAACACUGCCACAACGGCGUGCAAGCCAACCAGCACGGGCCGGCCGAGACGUCCUAUGUGACUGCGGCGGCCACCGAUGGCGUUUCGGAGAACACCGUCGAGAUGGAGGCCGACAGGAAGAGCCCCACGAUGGACCUCUACCCGAUCCGUUCACCAGCGAUCCCGGGCUACAUGGCGGCGACGCAGUCGGCGCGUGCCAAAUCCCGCAUGGCACCGCCGGCGGCUGCUCCGAGAGCAGGUGCCAAAAGCAGGUCCGGUUCCGUGGCGCCCAGUGGCGGUUCGACGUCGUCGACAGCAAACACAGGCUGGAGCAUGAAGCACAACGGUGGCGGUGGCGGCGCCAGCACCCGUGCGCCGCAGCAGAGAGCUGCGCAUAGCCCGGAGUCCAGCUGCAGCGGUGACAGGACGCCGCCAGUAUUAGGCGGCCGGAGCAGGCUGGCCUUUGCUUGAGCUUGCCACGAAAAUGAUCGCGUAAAAAUGCUUGGAGUAAUGCUAAGAGUGGAAACUGUUUUCUUGUUACAUGUUUAGCAACUUGUUCGUUGUAAGGAGCUUAUGAGUUUUAAUCUCUAUACUUUGUCGAUUUGCAUGUCCCUUACCCUCGUAUACAAGACAAAUACUGUAUA